AUGUCCGUCACUACCGGCAUGCUACCAUACAGCACGUCCCAACCUCAAGGCUUCCACAGCAUCCGCAUGCGCAAACCCAUUUCUUACCUCCACAAAUAUCGCACGUGCCUUGCUCCACCACCAAGUCGUUUCCGGAUGACACGUUGUGCGGCGGCAACCACGGACGUUACCGAUACUCGAGAGCUUAAGCAAGGCAUAGCGGAGCUCUACGACCAGUCGUCUGGUCUCUGGGAGGACAUAUGGGGAGACCACAUGCAUCACGGGUUCUACGACCCGGAUGAAAUAGUUUCCGGGACUGAUUCGGAUCACCGGGCUGCCCAGAUACGAAUGAUACAAGAGGCCCUCAGUUUUGCCGGCGUUUCGGAGGACCAAGGAAAAAGGCCAAAGAAUGCGGUUGAUGUUGGGUGUGGGUUAGGAGGCAGCUCCAGGUAUAUAGCAAGGAAAUAUGGAGCCAAAUGCAUAGGCAUCACACUUAGUCCCAUCCAAGCCCAGAGGGCCAAUGCUCUUGCUGUAGCUGAAGGAUUAGCUGACAAGGCUUCCUUUCAAGUUGCAGAUGCGUUAGAGCAGCCAUUUUCAGAUGGGCAGUUUGAUCUGGUUUGGUCAAUGGAGAGUGGAGAGCAUAUGCCUGACAAAAGAAAGUUUGUUGGUGAGUUGGCUAGAGUUGCAGCGCCAGGGGCCACAAUUGUCAUACUAACAUGGUGUCACAGGGUUCUUGGCCCUUCUGAAGAAUCUCUGCAGCCACGGGAGCUGAAGCAUCUUAAAAAGAUAUGUGAUGCUUACUACCUUCCGGAAUGGUGUUCUACUGCUUAUUAUGUCAACUUACUCGAGUCCCUCUCUCUUCAAGAUAUUAAGACAGCAGAUUGGUCUCAAUAUGUUGCCCCAUUUUGGCCUGCAGUAAUUCGCUCUGCAUUGACAUGGAAGGGCCUGUCAUCUCUGCUGCGAAGUGGUAUGAAAACCAUCAGAGGAGCAUUGGUGAUGCCAUUGAUGAUUGAAGGAUACAAAAAGGGUCUAAUUAAGUAUGCCGUCAUUACAUGUAGAAAGCCCGAGUAA